AUGUCUAAUGCGGCACCGACUUUCUUUGACCACGCAUACGACUAUUCCGAUGAUAUGGCGGAGUUCCUUGGAAGAGUGAGCAAGCACAUUGAGAAGGCUACAGAUCUCUUCAGUCCUUCAACAACGUGUGAUACAUCCAAAAUCAAGCUACCCUCGUUUGCUUCGGAGUUGCCCUCCCCUUCUGGUCAGAAGCCUCUCUAUGUUGCAGUAGGUCGUGGCACACAGAACUAUAGCUGUGCAUCCUCGACCUCCGACUCAGCCCCUGAAGCUGUUGGCGCUGUUGCUCGUUUAUAUAAUGCCACCUGCAUUGCAGCAAGCUACCCGGACAUGAUGGAGAUACUACCGGGCAUAGUGUACAAGAUGCAGCUACCAGACAGUGAGGCAGGUCCUCUUCCGCCAGCAAAUAUCGAUCUAUUAGGGCACCACUACUUCAAGGGACCAACGCCUGUCUUUAAUCUUGAUACUCCAUCGACGCGACGCGGAAUUGCAUAUACAAAGAAGGUGGCUGGAAUUGACGCACCUUCCGGUGCGAUAAAGGGUGGCAAUGGAGCCGUUGCAUGGCUCUAUCUUUCUGCCAUCAAUGGAACGGUUGGCCGCUACAGGAGUGUCUAUCGGGUAGACACAGCAGCAGGGCAACCACCAAAGACAUGCAAGGACGUGCCGUCGGAAUUUACUGUUCAUCCUGCUUGGGACCGCGGACUCGGAAGUGCUUCUCGCGGCGGUGGCCGUGGUGGUGGCCGCGGUGGUGGUCGUGGAGGCCCUCGUGGAGGAGCUCGUGGCCGUGGUGGUCGCGGCGGCGGUCGCGGCGGAGCUCAAGGCGCCAAAGGUGGUGCUAAGGUCAUCAUUGAACCCCACCGUCACGCCGGUGUCUUCGUUGCCCGUGGUGGUAAGGAAGAUCUGCUCGUCACCAAGAACUUGACCCCCGGAGAGGCUGUCUACGGAGAGAAGCGCAUUUCUGUCGAGUCCCCCGCCGAGGAAGAUGGCACUGUGACCAAGACCGAAUACCGUGUCUGGAACCCCUUCCGUUCCAAGCUUGCUGCUGGUAUCCUGGGUGGUCUGGAUGAUAUCUACAUGAAGCCUGGUGCUAAGGUCCUGUAUCUUGGAUCCGCCAGCGGUACCUCGGUCAGUCACGUUGCUGAUAUCGUCGGACCUACUGGAAACGUCUACGCCGUUGAGUUCUCUCAUCGUUCCGGCCGUGACCUUAUCGGCAUGGCCACCCACCGCACGAAUGUCAUCCCCAUCGUCGAGGAUGCCAGACAUCCCCUUCGCUACCGUAUGCUUGUGCCCAUGGUCGAUGUCAUCUUCGCCGACGUUGCCCAGCCCGACCAGGCCCGUAUCGUGGGUCUCAACGCACAUCUCUUCCUCAAGGCCGAGGGUGGUGUCAUCGUUAGUAUCAAGGCCAACUGUAUUGACAGUACGGCUAAGCCCGAGGUGGUGUUCGCUCGCGAGGUCCAGAAGAUGAGAGAGGAGAAGAUCAAGCCCAAGGAACAGCUGACCCUGGAACCUUUCGAACGUGACCACUGUAUAGUUGCUGGUAUCUACAAGCGUUCUGCAUGA